AUGGGGACUGUCAGCGAGCAUGUGGACGAAAGCAAAGCACAUGUGCACACAAUUGUGCUGCUAUCUGCCAUGGUACCGAAGCUUGUCCUCCAUGCACAGCUAAAUGUGAUGUCGCCUGCAGCCACUCACGAUGCUCAAAGAAAUGCUUCGAGCCCUGCACCCCCUGUGCGGAAACCACCUGUCUUUCUGUGUGCCCACACAGCGAGUGCUCCAUGCCCUGCGCCGCUCCAUGCGACCACGUUCCUUGUUCUCGACGGUGCGAGAAAUUCCUCGAAUGCCGACAUCAGUGUCCUGCUGUGUGCGGAGAAGACUGUCCAUCCUCAACCCACUGCCAAAUUUGUGCAACGGAUGACAUCAAGAAUCGGGACGUCGAUUAUAUUCUUGGUGUCUCAUACAAGGAUGUUGAUCUCGAUGUAA